CAGCACUAAUCAUCGCACAUGUGCGGCCAUUGAAUAAAUAAAAAGAAAAGAACCAAACGAAAUGGUGCGUAAACUUAAAUUUCACGAGCAGAAACUGCUCAAGAAGGUUGACUUUAUUACCUGGAAAGUCGACAAUAGCGGCAAGGAGAACAAGAUCCUGCGGCGCUAUCACAUACAAAAGCGCGAAGACUAUACAAAGUACAAUAAACUAUCAAGGGAAAUUCGGGAACUGGCCGAGAAAAUAGCCAAGCUAGAUGCCACACAUCCAUUCAAGGCCGAGUCAACUACAAUGCUGUUGAACAAGCUGCAUGCCAUGGGCGUAUCCAACGAUCUGCUAACCCUGGAGACAGCGGCCAAGACGUCGGCCAGUCACUUUUGCCGUCGCCGCCUGCCCGUCAUCAUGGUAAAGCUGCGAAUGUCCGAGAACCUGAAAAACGCCACAGACCUCAUUGAGCAUGGCCAUGUGCGUGUGGGCCCAGAAAUGGUCAAGGAUCCUGCCUUCCUUGUCUCCAAAAAUCUGGAAGAUUUUGUUACAUGGGUGGACGGCUCCAAGAUCAAAGAGCACGUGCUGCGCUAUAAUGAUAUGCGGGAUGAUUUCCAAAUGUAAAAGUUCCGUGGAAUUUACCUUUAAGAUGGAUAAU